UUCUAAUAAAAUAGUCAGAUAUUAUUAGUCGACAAACUACGCAACAGACUCCUGGCUAUGGAUUUAGGAGAGAAACAAUAUUUGUAAUCCUAAUUACAGUCACUUAACUGAUCACAUUCAAAUUUUAAAUGUCUGCCAGUGUCAGGAGACCAUUGAUUCAUCUUUUAUAGCCAUGUUUGGAGACAGCAGCCAUUUCCUCCAAGAAUUGGCUAAAAGUGAUCUAUGUUUGGUCAAUAACAGUUUGGUUGGUGGCAAAGAAAUUAGAUAGUUUGAUUCCCGUUUUGAGGCCGGAACCAUUCUCCCCACUGUUGAUGUGUGGUGGUGGUGUUGUUUCCGGGGAACAGGGUGCCAGCAGUAAUCAUGGCGGAGGACCUGCUGCUAACAGUGGAAAGACUCAAUUCCCGACUCCUCGAGAGUCCGGAGCCCCGAAAGCUGAUCAAGACGCUGAAAAAGCUGGAGGAGCUUCCGAUGACCAUGGGAAUACUGGUGGAAACCGGAGUGGGGAAAACCGUGAACUCUUUUAGGAAACAUGAAGUGGCAGCAGAGAUGGCCAGAAACCUGGUGGCCAGAUGGAAGAAACUGGUUCCUCAGUCCACAGCCAGACCCUCAAACAAUCAGACGAGGGAAAUCUCACGAUCUCACACACACUCAGAGAAAGGCGCCCGUCAACGUGCCCGGGAGCCCUCUCCUGUGGAGGAGCCCUCCUACAUGGAAGAGGAGCCGGGGUACCACGCCGACUACUCGCCAUCGCCUCCGCAGCAGCAGCAGUACAGCCCCCAGCAUGGAGGAUACCAGUCAGAGGAGUACGAGAGCCCGAGAGCCGCCACUCCGCCCCCGUCUCCUCCCCGUCACAAGACCAAACCCAACAAAGAGAGGAACGUCGACGAGGCACAACGACAGCGGCACGUACAAAGGUUCGAAGACGGGGCUCGGAGUGAGCGGCAGCGCGGCGAAGGCAGGAGCGGCGACAGAGAUCAGAAGAAGCACAGCAAGAAGUCGAGUGAAACCUCACCUAGCAAGAGGCUAAAGAAGAGUGAUGGUCAGCAGCGAGAGACAAAGGACUCGCCACCUAAGGAUGAAGACGACUUUGAGACACCCACUAUGUCGUUUGAGUCCUUCCUCACGUACGACUCUGUCUCUCCGGUCAAAAAGAAGAAGAAACCGCCUUCAUCGUCAACGUCAGGUCGCCCCUCGCACUCGGCCUCCAGCUCCACCUCGUCGUCCCGUCAGUCCACGUCCGCCUCGACGUUGUCAUCGCCGUCAUCUAAAGCCAGUAAGGUGAACGGAGCCCAGAGUUCAAAGAGGUCGCAUUCAAGCUCCAGUUCAGCUGCUGCAGUUCCAGAGAAACGUCGGAAGGUGGCUGAAGCUGUUCCCAGCCUUCCUGAGAUUCCCCUGCCAGCAAUCCAGCCCAACUACAGACCCCUGCCCUCCAUUGACCUCACACCACUGUCACCUCAGAGGCGGAAAGGGCCGAUCUUCACGGAGGAGGAGGACGCCGGCUUCACCGGAAAGCGGUUCAACUCCAAGAUGGUGGUCUACUCGGGUUCGAAGACGGCGUACCUGCCCAGAAUGAUGACCCUGUACGAGCAGUGCAUCCGCGUGCUGCAGAACAACAUCGACUCCAUCGCUGAGGUGGGAGGAGUUCCUUUUGACAUCCUGGAGCCAGUCCUCGAGCGAUGCACGCCAGAGCAGCUGUUCCGGAUCGAGCAAAGCAACCAGUGGUUUACCGAAGACUCGGACGACCUGUGGAUGCGUCACUGUAAGCGGGACUUCAAACGAGAAUCUCCUCAGGAGUACGAGUCGUGGAGGGAGAUGUACCUGCGGCUGUACGAAGAGCGCGAGGCCCGGCUGAAGAUGCUGACGCAGAACAUCAGCUCGGCUCACGCCAACCAACCCAAGCGUCGGCAGGCCAAGAUUGCCUUUGUGAAUUCUGUCGCCAAGCCUCCACGAGACGUACGACGUCGACAGGAAAAAUUCGGGACCAGCAAUGGGUCGACGGCAGCGUCCGUCGCUGCAGCUGCACCAAUCAAAAUACGGCCAGCCACCACUUUUGUCUCAAGCAGCUCCUUGUCCUCACAACAAGAUAGCACCCCUAGCUCGUCCUCUCGCGCCCCGACGGCGCUGCCUGCUGCCGGAAGCUCAGCCCGCGAGAAACCACAGAUCAAAAAAAUCGCCCCCAUGAUGGCCAAAACUAUCAAAGCUUUUAAGAACAGAUUCUCUCGUCGAUAGGAAGAAACCUUUAUGUGUUUUAAUUUAUUUUUUUUUUUUUUUUAAGAGACCCCUCCUGUCUUGACAUGAAUCGGAAUAUGAUUUCUGUUCUGUAUCUAGAUCUCACAGGAAGGAGGGGUCACCAGGAUUUUAAACUUGAACUGUGAGCGGCGGAUGUCUGCGUAAAUGAGUUGUCUGAGGAUGUCGACCGGCUUUUAAAGACCAGACGGCACAAGCGGUUGAUUUUAAAACUGUUUUCUUACCAUGCUGGCCAGAAGAUGGUCCCUUGGAACUCUUUUAAAGGGCCCAUAAAAUGACUAAGUUUUUUUAAACAUGCAGAGAUCGUGCAGUAUAGAAUUAAGAAAUGCUGACUCAUCAUUAGAAUAUGGAUGUAUUGCCACCAUAUUUAUUUGUGGUGACAGUGAAGGUCAAUGUCUUUAAAAGCCUGCGGCCAUUAUUAUCACCACAUUGGUUACGUUCAUGUUGUGGAACCGCAGCAGCCUAUUUGACGUGUGAAGAUCAGUGAGAGCUCAGACAUUGUGGACGCAUUGCUUGUGUCUAAAACAAUGAGGCUGGUAGCUGCUAGCAUGUUUUAAAAUCUUUUUCUGGAUGACAUCAUCAGUUGUGCCUCAGCCCCGCUCUGCAGCUAUGAACUGAAAGUUUUAAUAUCUACAAUCAAAACAAGCCCAUGCUAACUGUGAUGCUAGCAGCUGAAAUGCUCGUCACGUUUUUGCUAUGAAAUGAAUUGGACGGUUUUGUUUCCCUGACUCUGCAGUCUUUUUCUUUUGAUGGCCCAAACCCAUUUUAAUUAUAUCUUCAAAUUUUACUCUCCGCUGUUUGAAAUCCAGCUUCUAUCUUUAAAUCACCUGCAUGUUCAGGCGAUGUACCAAGUGCUAUUGAUCGACAUUGCUAACAGCAAAAGUGCAAUACAACCUUAUGGCAGUGGAUGAGCAGCAGACUUUUUUAAAAAUUAAAAUUUAACUACUAUAUUUUUCGACCCAAAAUAAUGAAAAACAAAACAACCAAUCAUGAAGUGAAAUUUUAAUCUCGAUGUGCUUCUGUCUGUCAUAGCUGUCAUAGUUUUUUUUUUUGCUAUUGUUUUUAGGUUCCUUUAUUUUCCUUUAAAAGCUGAGCUUCAAACUGCUGAAAAUGCUUUCGGUCAUUGAUCUGGGACAUGAGGCAGUUUUAGACACGCAAGUGCUGUUUAAUUCUUUUUUUAUCUUAGGUAUUUAUGAAAGAUUGUCCAAGAGUGAGAGAAGUCUAGCCUACUGUUGUGAAAAGGUCAACGUUAUAAACGGUGCAUGUGUGAGGCCUGCCAUUCUGGAAGGGUUUCCAGGUUUGAACCUGCGGUUUUAAUCUCCCGAGCUGGAUUUCAUCAAACGUCAAACUCAUUCUAUGGGCUCUUUAAUAUCUUGUGUUGUUAGGAACGUGUCACGCACUUCACUCAUCUGCUUUAUUGCCAAGACGUCAAACAAUAGCAAACAGAUUUUUGUUUUUGACCAGUAGUUAUAACGUAGAUGCUUGUGCUGAUGGAGCCAGAGUCUUGUAGCCGUUUUUCCAGUGCAAUAUUGAUAGUCUUCUGAAUAUACUUUAGCUUCCACCUGCUCCUCUUGUAGACGUGUGUCCCUUUUUGAAAAGCAGUGGAGGGUGAACAUGGACAGGUUUCCGAUAAGCUUCCCUCUCUAUAGGAAUGUGGCCCCUUGUGCAAGAUUUGGAAUGUCGUGCUCUGUCUCCAUCUGGACCAGCAUGGAGAACCUGUCUUUGCCUACCUUUCAGACUGUGCUUUCUGUGUUCUCAUUGUUAUUUGCUGCCGUUUCUUCCUCUUACCAUCUUCCAGUCACUGACCAUGACAAAGCUGGACAUUCCACACCACAGAAAUAGAUGGACUACAUCACAUUGGACAGGGAGGCUGCAGUAUUAAGCUUGUCAAAGUACUGUCAUCAACCACAGGGAGGAAACAGCAGAGCUGGAUUUGCCCUUAAAUCGCGUGUAUGUUGUACAAAUAAGUGCGAAGGUUCCAAAAAUUUUACACUUUAUGCCCGAAGGGGAGCAAAGACGUUGAUACAUUUAUUUUGUUAUACGAGGUUUGACUCCGCUAGGAUGGGCUGUGUGAAACAGGACCUGUAGAUUGCUACCAUAUGUAUCCUUGCCUACAAACAUGGUCAGGAGUGAAGGACGAGGACAAGCUCUUCCACCUGUUACAGACUCAAUCCUGCAAAAGUAGGAUGUUAGCUGGAGGCAUUCAAAUGAAAUUAUUAAUUGUACUUUUGCUUAUACUUUCUCAACCUGGCGUGAUACAAAACUCUGGCUUGGGAAACCACAAGGUCUGUUUUCAUUGCAACAGCUUGUCAGUUAUUUAAACCCUUUGCUGACUUUCCCCACUCUGUCAAAUGGUUUGCCGACAGACGAAAUAUCCCACAGUGACUGAUGGAAAAAUGUCAAUAGAGAGUUUGUCCUGCAAUGAAUAAAAAUUGAUGUAAAUAUUUUGCCAUUUAAAACCUAAAAUUUGGAUAGAGCAUAAGCUGUUUGUUAGAUUAAUUUAAGUUAAACAAGUUUGGUGAUUUUGAAUAAAAUAUUU